CGGCGCGAGCGGUGACGCGACGCGAGUGGGGGCCGAGCGGCGGUGGGGCUCUCGGAAAGGAGCCGAGCCUCUGGGAAGCCGCCCCCGGGAAGCCGCGUCCGCGUUGCCGGCGCUGCCUCGCUGCGGUGGCGGUGAUGCGCUCCGCCGGUGGAUUCCCGCUGCUGGGAGCCGAGACCGACAAGUCGGACGCUGCCAAGCAGCAGGAGGAACAGGAGGGCUCUAAUGCCAGGACUUCCAUAAUGGUGCAUGAGGACUGACUCCUACCCUGCCUGACCUCUGACCCAUCAGCAUGGGGAGGAUCGGCAUCUCCUGUCUUUUCCCUGCUUCCUGGCAUUUCAGCAUCUCUCCAGUGGGGUGCCCUCGAAUUCUGAACACCAACCUACGCCAGAUUAUUGUCGUUAGUAUUCUGGCUGCUGCUGUUUCACUUCUAUACUUUUCCGUUGUUAUAAUCCGAAAUAAGUACGGGCGGCUCUCCAGAGACAAGAAGUUUCAAAAGUACUUGGCACGAGUCACUGACAUUGAAGCUACAGACACCAGCAACCCCAAUGUGAACUACGGAAUCGUGGUGGACUGUGGUAGCAGCGGGUCCCGGAUAUUUGUCUACUGCUGGCCCAGACAUAAUGGCAAUCCUCAUGAUCUGCUGGAUAUCAGACAGAUGAGGGACAAAAACCGCAAGCCUGUGGUUAUGAAAAUAAAGCCUGGCAUUUCAGAAUUUGCUACCUCUCCAGAGAAAGUCAGUGAUUACAUUUCUCCACUCUUGAACUUUGCUGCAGAGCAUGUACCACGGGCAAAGCACAAAGAAACCCCUCUCUACAUUCUCUGUACAGCUGGAAUGAGAAUCCUCCCCGAAAGCCAGCAGAAAGCCAUUCUGGAAGACCUUCUGACCGACAUCCCUGUGCACUUUGACUUUCUGUUUUCUGACUCUCAUGCAGAAGUAAUUUCAGGGAAACAAGAAGGUGUGUAUGCUUGGAUUGGCAUUAAUUUUGUCCUUGGACGAUUUGAGCAUAUUGAAGAUGAUGAUGAGGCAGUUGUAGAAGUUAACAUCCCUGGUAGUGAAAGCAGCGAAGCCAUCCUCCGGAAAAGAACAGCCGGUAUUCUCGACAUGGGAGGCGUGUCGACCCAGAUAGCAUACGAAGUCCCCAAAACUGUAAGCUUUGCCUCCUCACAGCAGGAAGAAGUAGCUAAGAACCUGUUGGCUGAAUUUAACUUGGGAUGUGAUGUUCACCAAACUGAGCACGUGUACCGCGUCUAUGUGGCCACGUUCCUUGGGUUUGGUGGCAAUGCCGCUCGACAGAGAUACGAAGACAGACUGUUUGCCAGCACAGUUCAAAAGAACAGGCUCCUGGGGAAACAGACAGGGCUGACCCCUGAUGCUCCAUACCUGGACCCCUGUCUGCCCCUGGACAUUAAAGAUGAAAUCCAGCAGAACGGACAGACGCUAUACCUGCGGGGCACGGGGGACUUCGACCUGUGCCGGGAGACCAUCCAGCCUUUCAUGAACAAAACAAAUGAGACACAGACCUCCCUCAAUGGGGUCUACCAGCCCCCGAUUCACUUCCAGAACAGUGAAUUCUACGGCUUUUCCGAAUUCUACUACUGCACUGAGGACGUGCUACGGAUGGGGGGCGACUACAAUGCUGCUGCGUUUACUAGAGCCGCCAAGGAUUAUUGUGCAACAAAGUGGUCAAUCUUGCGGGAACGCUUUGACCGAGGGCUGUACGCCUCUCACGCCGACCUCCACAGGCUCAAGUAUCAGUGCUUCAAAUCCGCCUGGAUGUUUGAGGUGUUCCACAGGGGCUUCUCGUUUCCUGUCAACUACAGAAGUUUAAAGACAGCCUUGCAAGUUUACGACAAGGAGGUUCAGUGGACGCUCGGAGCAAUCCUCUAUAGGACCCGCUUCUUACCCUUAAGAGACAUCCAGCAGGAGACCUUUCGGGCCAGCCACGCGCACUGGCGGGGCUUCUCCUUUGUGUACAAUCACUACCUGUUCUCGGGCUGCUUCCUGGUGGUCCUGCUCGCCAUCCUGCUCUACCUGCUGCGGCUGCGGCGCAUCCACAGGCGGACCCCGCGAGGUGGCUCGGCCGCCACCCUCUGGCUGGAGGAAGGCCUUCCGUCCCAGAAGAUCGCUGGCGCCGUGUGAGCCACAGUCAGAGCCUCCAGAGACUCUAAAGGAAAAGCCAUUUUUGCCUCAGGGUUUCUCCUCCUUAGUCUCAUUUUUUUUUUCCCCUUUCCCUUUUGUUCCUUGAAACAAAACCAAAACCCACUGUUCGUAAACCCUGCUGUUGUAGAAGUGUUGCGUUUGGCCGUUCUGUGUACAGCUUUAAAUUGAGGAGUAGGGAAGGGAAAAAUCACUUUGUUUUUGCUGCAUAGGAUAGUAGCUGCCAAAAAUUACUAAGAUUUUUGGUUUUUCUUUGAGAUAGAUUUGAUUUUAAACAGAUGCACUUUGAGGUCGGAGGGAAAUGGCAAGGCGGUUUCUGUCCGUAGAGGUGGGACCGAGGGCUGGUGCUUUCACAGAACCAAAAAAAUGCAGUGACUGAAAUGAUCAUUCUCUCUAGUUGUCUGUCUUGAAAGCUCUGACCUGGAGAUGGUGAUAGUUUAAUUUAUUGUUCAGAGCUAUUGCUGUGUGUUUUCUUUGCUGGUUUAAAAAACCAAAAACUGUUUAUAUCCACAAUAGAGAGGAAAAGGUAUCAGGAAGUAACAGUUUUUAAAAUUGAUAGUAGAGACCUGAAAAAUGUGAAAUAAUGACCAGAGUGCCAUGGAGGGGGUGUGUGGGAGAAAUGCGUGUGUGUGUGUGUGAGUGUGUGAGUGUGUGUGUGUGUGAGAGAGAGAGAGAGAAAGUGUAACAAAGAGAGAGAGUAUGUGUGUGUGAAAAUUGCUGAUGGGAGAGAGUGAGGGAAUGCCGUGCUCUCACUUUUAAAAGCACACACUUCAGAAUUUCAUGUUUCAUUUUAUUUCAAAAAAUCAAUCCCCAUCGCUGUUACCUUUUCCUGACCUCAGGUAGUCACUUCUUCAUCCCGUCUUUCAGCGGCCUUAGAACGCUGUGUUUUUGAGUGAGUUGGAAAAUUCAUAGUUUCCCUGGUUUUGGUGUUCUUAGAACUAGUACUGCCACCUGCCAACAGGCACGUUCGUAAUUCUUAGUGGUUCUUUUGUGCUUGUUUAACUGUGGUCCAGUUUCUUCCAUCUCCAAGUUGGUAUCCACCCCUGCCCCCCGCCUUGUUAAUUAGAGAUGGUCUCAGCAGUUACAUUCAGAGAUCCCACUUAGUUUGACUACGGCUAUUGAGGCAAUGUCGACAGGACCACUGUAAAUCCAGACUAAGAGAAGAAUUACAAGAAAUCAGCUCACACUUCGAAGAAAACAAAUUGAACAUUUUAAACAAAAACCUAAAAAGGACAACUGGGGUGGCAUAUGUGAGAUUGGUUGUUUUUCACCUAUUUAGUUUAGAAGCUGUGUGUGUGUGCGUGUGCGUACGCACACGCAUUGUGUGUGUCCACAGGCUAUUUCUUAAUAAUUCCAGAACCAGAUAAAUUCAUCUAGUUGGUAGCAAAUGUAUAUUUUGAGAACCAUCAGCUACUUAAAUCACUGUUGAGAAAAAGAAUUCAGAUUCUGAAGUCCUCAUUUAAUUUAGGAGAGAAAAAUGAAUUUUUAUCCUGUCCAUUAAUUACUUAAAAACAUGGCAUACUGUAUAUUGAUAAAAGAUUACAAAUUUGUGAAAGAAAAGCAGAUCCUCUUAUUCUGCUCUUUAAAAUGAAUAUUCUAACAGUGGGAAAAUGGUUGGUAGAAAGUUUGCCUCUCAAACAUAAAACGGUUGGAGGAGCCGUAUGGUGUUGUAGCACCUGCCAUGUAGAAAGACUCUUGUGUUCAGAGAGGGUAGAGAUGGGUAGCUCUCGAAAAAUCCAGCUUCUGAAAUGCUGGUCUCCAGCUGUUUAAAUCCUUGGUUCCUGGUAAACACUGUUCCUUAUCAAGAUGGAGCCACCCAUGAGCUGUGUCCUGGGUACCCCAGAGGUAGAGGGAGCUGGCGUGCUUCUCCUUGAGUGCUUACAGGGGAUUCGCCCUGUGGGCCGUGGGUGGCAUUAGUGGUGAAGAAGAAGUAAGUUUACAUGUUAGCUUUUCUGCCCCCAACCACUUGGAAUAGUAAAGCCCUAACCUGCAGGAUGGAAAUUUUCCAGUGCCUAGAGUAUGGGAUUUUGCCUUUCAAAUCAAGGCAAGGAUAAGCUAGCACAGGUACAGAUUUUAAUGGGGCCUAAUUAAGAUUUCCUCCCAGAAGUAGCCACUUUUAAAAUGAAGGAUGCUAAUCUGGUCCAGCUCUGUACCAUUCGGGAAGUGGAAUAGAGACCACGCAGGAGAAUCCAAGCCUGAGCAUCAUUUGCAAGGACCUACCUCAUUCUCCAAAAGAAGUCCCAGAUGAGGUUUCCAGGGCCCAGUGGCCUUGGACUUUGCACAGUUAGGUGCCACAUCCCCCUGCCAAAGAACUCCGGGAGCAGGCUUGACAAACUGUUACCCACAGGGGAAAUCGAAAAGACCCUUGAGCUGAGAAAGGUGUUCCCAUUUUUAAAGGGUCAUUAAAGAAAAAAAAAAUGAGGAAUACGCAACAGAGACUACAUGGGGCCUG